AUGGACCCUUACAACUCAGAUAGUGAAUCUGUUUCGGAAUUCGAGCGUCUUGAAUCGACGUUACCCCAGCCGCUUCGUCGGUCUGCGUCUUCGCUUUUGGAGAAACUUACUAACAGUUCUCUGACGCAGUUGCUGAGCUUAAAUCUUGACUCGCCUACUCCUCGUGUCCCACAUCACCAGGCGCCUCUGAACUCGCUUGGAGGCCAGCAGAGAGCUCACCAUCAACACUUGCUUCUGAAACUCUCGAUGUCGGAAAAUGGUAGGGAGAGUUCGCCUAUUCCUGUUCCUCGUCCUGACUUCAACGAGGAGAUCCAUAAACCUGCCAUGAACACUAAACAGUCUUCGACUGGUGUGUUGUGGGUGACUGAAAGAGCUAACGAGUAUGGGUUCCAGGGUAAUGGAGACGACGCGUGGGCUAAUUUGGGCCAGGGUGCUCCAGAACAUGGAGAUACUAUUCCUGGUUCGUUCAAGAGACCUAAGCUGAUUGAAGUGCCUGACGUGAGCAGAGAGUAUGCGCCAACUGCUGGAGUUAAGGAGCUUCGUGAGUCGGUGGCUAACUUGUACAAUUCGCUUUAUCGUGAAGGCAAGGACUCCAAGUAUACUUAUAAGAAUGUGUGUAUUGUGCCUGGAGGAAGAGCUGGGUUGAUCAGAAUUGCUUCCAUUAUCAGCGACUGCUACCUUUCAUUCUUCCUUCCUGACUACACCGCCUACGCCGAGAUGCUUUCGCUUUUCAAGAACUUCUCGCCAAUCCCGGUGCCACUAGAUGAAAUAGACAACUACGAGAUGCACUUGAACCACAUUGAUCUCGAGUUGAAACGAGGUGUUUCUGCGUUCCUCACGUCGAAUCCAAGAAACCCUACUGGCCGUUGUAUGAAUCCAGACCAAUUGAGACGUCUCCACAAGAUUUGCAGAGAAAAGUGUCUUUUGAUCAUGGACGAGUUCUACUCCCACUACUACUACGACGACGACUGCCUGGGAUCAUCGAUCUCUUCUGCUCAGUACGUCAAGGACGUGAAUAAAGACCCUGUUUUGAUCUUGAACGGUCUUACGAAAGCCUUCCGUUUACCCGGCUGGCGUAUUUGCUGGAUCUUGGGCCCAGAGGAGUACAUUAACGCAUUGAGCUCGGCUGGAUCUUACCUAGAUGGUGGAUCCAACGCUCCGUUCCAGUACGCUGCCAUUGACUUCUUGAAGCCAUUGGCUGUGAAAGCCGAAAUGAAGGCUCUCCAAAUGCACUUCAAGAUGAAGCGUGACUAUAUCAUCAACCGUUUAAGCGAUAUGGGUUUCCCAUUCAGUGAUAGGAAUAUCCCCAACUCCACCUUCUACUUGUGGCUCAAUCUCUCCCACUUACCUGGAAAGCUCAGCAACUGUCUUGGCUUCUUCCACGAGUGUCUCCACGAGAAGGUGAUUGUGGUGCCUGGAUUCUUCUUCCUCAUCAACCCCCAGAACUUGUCCAGACUUGAAGAUGUCAUCUGGUACAACUACGUGAGAAUCAGUUACGGUCCUGAAUUGCCACAAUUGGUCAAGGGCAUGGACGGUGUUGAGCGUAUUCUUCGCAGAUUCAACGCCUUGCCUGCCGGUUACGACAAGAAAAGCACAUUAGAGAAAAUGGACACUGUGGAAUCGGCUGUUACGUCUUCACUAACGUCUCAUGGCAUUGAGACGCUCCCGUCUGCCAAAGAUUCCAGCUCCUCCAUAACCUUCCUUACUGCUUCCUUAUGGUACUGGCUGUGGGUAUUUUUCACCAUUAUGAACUAUGUGGUGGUGGUUAUCCCUACGCUCUUUUUGAAUAUGCUUCAGAUGAACUUUCUGAUUACGAUGUCACUUCUGUCGAUCAUGAUAUGCUUGGUGGUGACGGUUUCGUUGUGCUACUUCAUUGUGAGACAUAAGUACCUUACUAGGUACUCUAAGGAUACGCUUCCGCCUAAGCAGGAUAACUUGGGACACACAAGCCGUGGGAUUGACUAUGUUACGGGGCUGAAGAAACGUGGCGGUAACGAUCGUUCCAAAACGUACCUUGACGAGUUUUUGAGUGCCAUCAAGGUCUUUGGGUACCUUGAAAGACCCGUGUUUCAUGAAUUAACCAAGAAUAUGACCACGCAACGGCUUGAAGCGGAUGAGGUCUUGUACUUGGAUGAGAAACUAGGCUUUUCCAUUGUGGUGGAAGGUACAGUUCAGGUUUACACCAAAUUGCAUGAUAAGCAUGGCGCUCAUUUUGAGUUUGAUGAGGAUACUGAUAAGGCUGAGAAGGAGGAUAUUUUGGUGAUAAAGGGCCAGCAUUACCAAUUGCUUAAUGAAGUGAAGAGUGGCUCGGCAUUAUCGUCUUUGCUUAGCACGUUGGAUCUUUUCCAUACGAGGAACACCGCCAUGUCCUCUCCAACCUUGCCCCCUCUGUCACAGCAGAAACCCAAUCCUUUGGCUCGCCCAAAGCCUAUCUUACACAGUCGACUCAAUUCGAGACAUCUGAGCACAAGUACGUCUAUUGAACCCCUUUCGUUGAGUCCCGAUAGAGUACCUAGUCCAGUGCCUCAAGGCAAGAUUGACGAACAACGCAACUAUUUCAAUUCUCCUCGCAUCAGCACAUCUGGCUCUCAACCUCAGGGUGAGUCGGUGGUAGGCACACCACUCGAGCAGGGAAGCUUUCCUAUCUAUGAUCAUAACUUCCCUGACUUGCCGGAAGUUGUAGCUCGUCCAAAGCCGGUAUCUACCGAUAAGGAAUUUCCUUCUUCUGCUACCAUUGCUAUUAUCCCUGGUCUGGCUUUUCAAAGAGUGCAAGCUAGGUAUCCCAAGGCAACUUCUCAUAUCGUGACUAUGGUGCUUGCUCGUUUGUACAAGGUUACCAUGAAUACUGUCCAUACGUAUCUUGGCUUGAUUAGGGAAGUCUUUGAUUCGGAGACGGCAUUGAAUUCGAUCCAUGAAGAGUGCAAAUUGCCUAGCUAUUUAUAUGAUGGUGUCAUUGAAAGCUACCAACAACAAAGAGCAGCGGAUGCAGAUAAUGAAUCUAUGCCCAUUUUCUCCAAGUCCAAGAAGCGCCAAAGAAAGCUUCAUCGCGAGAACUCUUCCCGUUAUGUUGUGCUUGCCAAUCGUUCCAAGCCCUCGCAUCCAGGUGAUUUGCUUUCCUCGGUACCACUUUCAAGAACUUCUGACUACGGUAAGCUGCAUGCAUCAUCUAUUUCGGACGAGGGAACCACUUUGACCAGCUGGGAUGGUCAAAAGCAACCUUCAGCUGAACAAUCCAAGAGCCAUGUAUCGCCGAUCCUCAAGAAGUCUAAACUCAAGAAGAGAGAGAAUAUCAGAAACAGAUCGUUUUCUGAUGAAAGGGAGGAAACAGAAGAGACCUCCUUGCGUAUUGCCAUUGUCGAAAACAUAUUCAAGCUCUUGGGUAUAGAUGAGAAUUCGUCACUGCUCAACAUGGCUGGAAUUACAAGCGCUCAAAUUUCUGCCAAUUCUUCCAUGGUUGGCCUUUCUUCGUUAAUGAGUGACCAGUCUUUGCCUGUGAAUGUGGAGCGGAACAUAUUUGAAUCAGGUCCUGAAAGAGGUAGGGAUCAUUCCUUUAACUCACCUUACUUUGGAUAUAGGACCUCGAUCUCUCAAGGCUCCCAAAAGUUCUACAACACUAUCCAUCACUCGAAGUCUGAACCAGCGGACAAAUCGAAUCCUCUGUCUUCCAGAAGACAAUCCCAAUCUAGCUCUGAAGUCAACUUUGCUACUGUCAAAAACGCAUUCAGCAAGCACAUUGAAGUCAAGUAUUAUAAACCAGGACAAGUAAUUGUUGAGCAGAAUGAACUCAGUCCAGGCCUUUACUAUGUCAUUCAUGGUAGCUUAGAUAUCAUUCAUGAGUCCCAAAAUGACAAUAAGUAUGAGCACGGCAGCAAGCGCCUUCAUUCAGUCAAGCCUGGUGGAUUGGCCGGAUACCUCAGCUCCAUUGUUGGACUUCGUUCUUUGGUUUCAAUCAAAAGUUCUAAAGAUGAAGGGGCUAUUGUGGCCCACAUAUCUAAGAAUGACUUCACUCGGUUGAUGGAUAAGUUUUACUUUCUUCAAUUACCUGUGGCAGCUAAGCUCAAGACCUUGUUGCCAAGCCUCAUUGUUACCAUUGACUUUGCGCUUGAAUGGUGUCACAUCCCUGCUGGAGGAGUCUUGUGCUCUCAGGGAGAUUUGGCUAAUGGGUUCCACGUUGUUUUGAGUGGCCGUUUUAGAGUUGUGAAGAAUAAGAAAAUGAAGGUGGCUAACGACGCUGAAAUUGAGCACGACAACCUCAUUGACGAAUCCAACAUACCUAAGCAUCAUCAUGAGGUCGAAGAUUUUGAGGUUCUUGGUGAGUACGGCCAUGGUGCCUCGAUUGGUGAGGUUGAGGUGCUUACAGCAUCCAGAAGAACUACUUCUCUUAUUGCGGUGAGAGAUUCAGAGACAGCAAGAAUUCCAAGAACAUUAUUCGAAAUGCUUUCUUUACAAAAUCCCUCCAUCAUGGUUAAGGUUUCCAGAAUUGUUGCCAACCGAAGUCUUGAAGCAAGCAAGAGAGACAGGACCAAUACACUCAUCGCUACAACAUCUAAGAGUUCCUUCGCUGAGAUCAACAAUGACUAUAAGACUAUUACGAUUUUGCCAGCUACAAAUGGAUUACCAGUUCGUGAAUUUGCUGAUAAAUUGGUACAUGCUCUCAGGGCACUCGAUCGUCAUGUCAUUGCGUUAGACAGAACUUCUACAUUAUCUCAUUUGGGUAGACAUGCUUUUGAUGAAAGGCUUGCUCAGUUGAGACUCUCUGGUUACUUUGCCUAUUUGGAAGAGGAGUAUCAAACUGUGGUUUAUAUCUGCGACUCUCCAUUGAAGUCAUCAUGGACCUCAACAUGCAUUUCACAAGGUGAUUGUAUUUUGUUGUUGGCUGAUGCUGAGGAUUACGAAUGUGCUGCCAAUGUUGGCGAUUAUGAAAGACUUCUUUUGAAGCUCAAGACUACUGCUAGAACUGACUUAUGUUUGUUACACCCUGAGGCCUCAGUUUUCCCAGGUUCUACUAGCAUUUGGUUGAAGAACAGAAUAUGGGUGCAAGGCCAUCACCAUAUUCAUAUGGAAGUCAACAAGCAGCAAACGGAGAAGCCAUUGAAAAAGAAGCCAAACGUUCUUACUGAUCUCGCCAUCAAGCUUGGUACCAAAGCUAAUCCAAAUAUCAAGAUGAAGUUCGAGAACGUCAAAUCAAGAGCCAUGAACUCACUUAUCAAACUCAACGCAAGAGCCAACAACGCUGAAAAUGUUCCAGUUUUGUACAAGAAUGAUUUCAUGAGGUUGGCUAGAAUCUUGUCUAAUGAAGCUGUUGGACUUGUGCUUGGUGGUGGUGGUUCCAGAGGUAUCUCUCACGUCGGUGUGGUUACUGCUCUUGAGAAACAUGGUAUUCCUGUUGAUUUGAUUGGCGGUACUUCCAUUGGUUCUUUCGUUGGUGGGUUGUACGCUAAAGAGAACAAUAUCGUGUCCAUCUAUGGUAUGACGAAGAAGUUUUCCAGAAGAAUUGGCGCAGUUUGGAGAAUGCUUUUUGAUUUGACAUACCCUGUUACUUCGUACAUCACAGGUCAUGAAUUCAACAGAGGUAUCUGGAAAGUGUUUGGAGUUCAUGAGAUUGAAGAUUUUUGGAUCCGUUACUUCUGCAACUCCACCAACAUCACCACUUCCACCAUGGAAAUUCACGAAAGAGGUUACGCUUGGCGUUUCAUCAGAGCAUCGAUGUCUUUGGCUGGUCUUCUUCCUCCUAUUACCUUCAAUGGGCUGAUGCUUCUUGAUGGUGGAUACCUUGAUAACCUUCCCGUGAUGGAAAUGAAGGUGAGAGGUGCUAAACAUAUUGUUGCCGUGGAUGUUGGAUCUGUGGACGACAGAACUCCCAUGAACUACGGUGACACGCUCUCUGGAUUCUGGGUUCUUCUCAACCGUUGGAACCCAUUCUCCAAGCACCCCAACGUGCCAAACAUGAUGGAUAUCCAAUUGCGGUUAGCAUAUGUUGCCAGUGUCAAUGCCCUCGAGGCCGCCAAGAAGAUGCCCGGUGUGAUGUACCUUCGUCCUCCAAUCGACGACUACGCCACCUUGGAUUUCAUGAAGUUUGACGAGAUCUACAAUGUCGGUUUGGCGUAUGCUGAUGAGACUAUUGGCAAAUGGGCUAAAGAAGGCAAGUUACCCAAGUUUGCUGGAGUGACCAACCUCAAACUGAAGGAAGGAUCACAUCCAAAGAGCAGAUUUAGAAGAAAUUCCAUCUAA